CAAAAUCGAGUGCAUAAAAGGGCGAAUAACCAGAUAAAGCGCACAAUUUCAGCUAUCCGCUGCUGGCUGGAAGAAGACAAGGAGAACAAGAUUCUUUGACUCGCUGAAUACAAGUAAAAGGAAACUACGUUGUUAGACUAUGGAAAAGGUGUAUAUCAUCAUUUUAGAUCUGCAUAAAUCUUGAACAUGACAAUGUUGUUCUACGCACUUGUGUUGUGUCUCGCCUCGUGUUCUGUAGAUGCAAGAAGAAGGGAUUAUGCAGGUUCUAUCCAGCCCUACACCUACACUAGCUGGGGCUCCUGGGGCCAUGAAGACUGGUGCCCAAGAGGUACCUACGGCUACGGUUUUAGUCUCAAGGUUGAAACAUAUCAGGGAAGUGGAGAUGACACAUCACUAAAUGCAAUCAAGCUGCUCUGCAGAAAGCCCUGUGGAGGAUAUCCCAAUUCCGUCACAUCCCGAAAAGGAGGAUGGGGAAGAUGGUCUUAUACAUCGCAUUGUCCAGAGUAUUAUUUUCUGCACAGCGCUCAGGCCAGAUCUGAGUCAAAGCAAGGAAGUGGUGAUAACACGGCAGCAAACAACUAUAAUUUCCGUUGCCAAAACUUCAAAAAGCGCAAAGACCACUACUCACUUUCUGGUGGUGGUUCUGGCUGGGGUUCUUGGACUGGCCGUAGAGAUUGUCCCUAUGCCUCGUACAUAUGUGGUAUCAAAACCCAAGUGGAGAGAUAUCAGGGAAGUGGUGAUGAUACGGCUCUCAAUGAUGCCAUCUUCUACUGUUGCUAUUUUAUAGCAGAGUUUCAAAAAUCAUGCGAAAAGUGAAGCUUCAUUAAAUAAGAAGAUUAAGUCUUUAUUCCAGAGCACUGGACUACCGAGCCAAACAUGAGCGGGGAUUUAAACUAACAUUAAAAGGAUAACUGAAAAAAGAACUUAGUAAAAAGAAAUUGGGAUAAGAAUGGAUGGAAAUUUUUGGCUUAAAUUAAUAAAAUCAAGGGAAAGUAAAACAUAAACUAUAAAGAAAAGUUAUCAAUUGUUGUCUAACUGAAUAAAAGCAUUAAAUGGAGUUUAAUUCC